AUGCGGCCAAGAAACGCGCUGCUGCUGCUGGGUCUAGCGGCGGCUCUGGCCCUUGCGAGCGCCGAGGAUGACACGUACGCUGUCCACAACGGAAUGGACGCGGAGACGCCGUUCUUCGGUGCAGACGAGCGCGAUCCAAGCCGGGGUCUUGGAGAGGCGCUGUCGAGCUUACUGCAGGCAGGAGAGCCCGAAGAGACUGCGGACAUCGUCCGCAUCAUCGUGAUUGACGAAGAAGAUCCAGCGGCAGCACGCAAGAGAGCGUGCUCGAAGGCGCUGGCGGUGAUUAAGGAGCAGGACGAGCCGUUUGAGCAGGCGGACAGUCUCCUGCGAGACUUUGAGUCGGUGUUGGGUCUGGACUCGCCGGAGCCUCGAAGCCGAGCGUCGUGUGAAGAUCUCGGCCUGGCGGAGCUGAUGGCACAGUGCGAGUUUGUGGUCGAGUCGAAAGACGUGGUGCUACAGCUGUCGCGUCAAGGCCGGACGGAGGACCAAGUGUGCGACGUGAUGAACGCUGUCUCGGACUUGAAGGCGGUGGACACACUGUCGUGCGGCUUGUGCCAUCGAUUGGUGCAGAUGGUGACUCAAGCGCUCACGAAUGAAGUGCAGCAGGUUGAGCAAGUGCGGGAGAUUAUCGGAGACGUGUGUGACGUGACGGUGGCUGACUCCAUGUGCCACACGUUCCUCAACAAGUUCGACGAUAUCGUCGAGUGGCUAAGGCAUGGCACAGACCCGGUCGUGGUCUGCUUGCGACUUGCUAUGUGCCCGGUGGACAGACUCAGCAGCAGCGAGACCCCGAUCUUAGGCUGGGUUUUUGGCAAUGAAGCUCGAGGGAUUGCAGAUGAGACUGCGACCACUCGUGAUACUCAGGAGCGGAAUAGCGUUAGCGACAGUGAUUUGCUGAGCUUGGAUUUGAUUUUAGGUGAUGAAGCCCGAAAGAGCGCGGAUGACGCUGUUGCCGCUCGUUACUCUGAACAGAGGAACAGCGUCACUGACCGUCAGACCCCGAGUUUGGGGUGGUUGUUUGGCGAUGAGGCUGCGGCCGCCCGUGAUACUCAGAAGCGGAAUAGUGUUAGCGACAGUGAUUUGCUGCUGAGCUUGGAUUUGAUUUUUGGUGAUGAAGCCCGAAAGAGCGCGGAUGACGCUGUUGCCGCUCGUUACUCCGAAAUAGGGAACGGCGUCAGCGACAGUGAGUUUACGUCCAACAUGGACUUGAUUUUUGGUCUCGAGGCUCGUAGGGCCGUAGAUGACGGUAUUUCUACAUCUGUGCUCGAAGAACAGGACCAUUCAUGCUCAUUUUGUGUGAGUACGGCUGGAGUGAUUGCUCAAGUGAGUAGUCGUUUUCCUGAUCAAGUGUUGAUGUCGAAAGAUCUAUUGAAAAGUGUGUGUCGGACGGCUUCGCCUGUAUCGAAGUGCCAGGAGGUGGAGGCUAACUUUGACCGUAUUGUGGAGUUGAUGCAGCAAGGCCACUACCCUCGGGAAGUCUGUGGGCGUAUCGACUUGUGUACCCAACAAGCGACGAGUGACAAGGCGUGCGUGUACUGCGACGCCGCAACUACUCUCGUGGAGGUAAUUUUGCAAGAAGCUCCGGAGCAGAUUAAUGAGAUUCGAAACUACGCCGAUAUGAUUUGCGACAUUCUGGGAGACGAUAGUCCCUGCCAUGAGUAUGUGACCAAGUUGGAUUCGGUGAUUGAUUCCUUAAAUAAGGGGGAGCGCCCUCGCGAGGUCUGUAAGGCGCUAAAGUAUUGCUCGGAAGACUCUUCUGGGAAGUCAGGCGAAAGUCUUCGUGUUGACAUGACGCGUAACGAUCCUUUCGGACAUAGUCGCCGUGUGGGCAUGGGCGAUGGCGGAAUGUACUCUGACAUGAUCAGCCAGCUCAACGCGAUAAUUCUGGCAAACAAUGACGAGCGUCUUUCUCGUCAACCCUCUAUUGACUACGACAGCUGCUUUUUCUGUUCGCACGUGGUAGCUGUGGUUCACCACGUACAGCUCGUGUUUCCGGAAAAGCUGCCGAUUGUGAAGACCAUUUUGUCGAAUGUGUGCCAGCUGGUGCCUUCAAAAUGUAGCUGCGAUGUCGUAGAUGAGAAGUUCGACGACAUUGUAAAAUGGGACAAGGAAGGCAAGCGUCCCCAUGACAUCUGCAAGUUGCUCGGGAAUUGUGCCAAGCUACAGGACAAGGAGGAUGAGAUGCCUGCCAUCUCUGAUGAGUUAAAGGGUGUGGUCAUUGCUUCACAACGGCUUGUUGGAGAUGAGUCUGAGUGCGCAUAUUGUCAAUUCGCUACCACUGUCGCAAAAGUUGCACUUCAGCAGUACGGCGCCGACAUUCGUCAAGUCCGCGCGUACGCUGACAUGAUAUGCGAUAUGCUAGGCGAGGACAAUCCGUGCCAUGCGUACGUGAAGCAAAUGGAUUAUGUGAUUGACUCGAUUUCAAAAGGCAUGAGCUCCAAGGCAAUUUGUGUGGGCUUGGAGUUUUGUCCUGCGGCGGUCGCUGACAGUGAAAGAGACGCUUUGGCGUGGAUCUUAGCCGAUCGCUCAUCGCGCGCGACAUCGAUUGACCGUGUGUCCGCGUUUGAUUCGCCGCUUGUAGAAACGUUGAAAGAAGCGAUGGACCGGCCUAGCGACAGCUGUUCCUUCUGCAUGCAGGCGGCGCCCGUACUCGAAGUAGCUGUCGCUCAAGAUCCCAGUCAGAUUGAAAAGAUUCGCGAAAGUGUUGAUGUCAUAUGCGGGAUGCUUCCGGUUGAUAACCAGUGUCACUCGUUCGUGAUGAAAUUUGAUGCUGUGGUCGAUUCGUUGCGGAAAGGGGUGCAGCCAAAAUUGAUUUGCCACGAUUUGCAGCUGUGUCCGAUGGGCCCUGGGUCUGCCACGCAUGACCUUGCAGUGCCUGACAUGCUGGCUGUUCAGAAACGUGACGAGGAAAGCACCACGUGUGCCUAUUGUAGUGGCGUUGUCACUGUGUUGGAGCACACGCUUAACGAAAAGCCUGAGCAAGUCAACGAAUUGCGUGAGGUUACUGGGCACCUGUGUCAGCUAGUUCCUGCCGACGACAUGUGCGAUAGCGAUUUGAAGAUGUUCGACGAAGCAGUGGCGGGACUGCGAUCUGGGAAGGGACCUGAAGAGAUUUGUCAGAAGCUAAACCUGUGUACAUUCGUUGAAGAUCGCAACGAGUCGUCAGGCCUGGUUGACUUCACAGGUGGUGAUUUCUUACCCACUGGCUGUGCAACUUGCCAGCAGAAUACGGUGUUGCUUGCCUCCUUGAUCGAGCGCCCGGACAGCUUGGCUACGUUUGAACGCGAGAUCAGUUCGGUGUGCCGCCUGAUCCCCAGAUCUGGAGAGUGCGAGCUCUUGCUGAAGCAUAAAGAUGCGAUCAUUGAUUUGCUGAAGAAGAACGAAGAUGUGGUCACCAUCUGCACGCGCAUUGGGCAGUGUCCUGCUGUCGCGAAGGAGGAAAAGCAGAAGUCGAUGCCUGUGGGCUGCCUCUUCUGCGAGUUUAUUGCUGAUCUCGUAGAGCAUGCCAAAGACAGUGAGAAGGCUCUGAGCGAGGCGAAGGCAACGCUUGAAACGGUAUGCACUAUAUUGCCGCCACAAGCGCGUUGCGACGUUCUUUCUUCGAAGUUCGAUGAGCUACUGUCGCUGAUGCGUGAGGGCAAAAGUCCGAGUGAAGCAUGCCACGCUGCAGCGUUGUGCGAUGCCGAGUUCGUCUUUUCGCCCGCGUCGGACAGUGACGAAGACCCAAUCGUGCGAUCUUUCGAGAAAGCUCUGCGGGGUGUGGGCAACGUGAUGGAGAUCGAGUAA